AUCUCUAGGUGUGUUCGAAACUGACGUAAUUUGGCAGAAACAACAACGUAUUUUUGUUUAUGUGCACUCCCCCUGCCCCGUCCAGCAACGUUAGUAGGAUUCCACCUACUUCGAUGUCUGUUAUCCACGUCCAGCACACGAAAUUGGUAACUGCCACAGCCUGUUAGCCCAUCCACACAGCCUGCAAUGUGAAUCAACUGUUGUUGAUUCCUCUAAUACGUCAAAUUAAUUUCCUUCCCGAUUGUAAACGGCCUCUGAAUGAACCGCUCGGAGCCCAUACCGAUUCGACGAGAGCGUUCCUUCGACAGCGUGAUGAACAAGCUGUUCCGGACACGGUCGCAGAACCAUGAGAGCUUUCGCGCGGCAAUGUACAACUUUCUGUUCCUGUUGGGCGUGUGUGCCUUUGUGGCUGUCUGCUUCAUCCUGGGACCCUUUGUGCGUCCGCUGCUGUGGGCCUUCCUCAUGGGCGCCGUACUUUUUCCAUUCAAGCGCAGUCUGGCGGAGAGCGUGCACAGCUGGUUCCAGCGGCUGGAGGAGCGCGACUCCAAUGUGCUGGUAUCGAUUUUUCUGUCCCCCGUGGAGGCGACAGAGCACUGCGGCCGCUUGCUGAUUGGAUGGCUGUGCGAGCACUGGCAACUGCUGCUGGCUGGCUGCGGUGUGGCAAGUUGCAUCAAGCUGUUGGUCCUGUACGCGCCAAAGGGCUUCCUGUACGCCAUCUGGCAUUGGCUCACCUUCUCGCAUGGUCUCUUCGUGCGAAUCAUUGGGUUCCUGAAUGUCUUUGUGAUUAUCGCCCUAGUGCUGGUCUACCUUAGCUGUGUGCACUUCUUCUGGAGUCCAGAGAACAGCACUCACUUUGUGGUCGCCGGUCAGUCCAUGUGGAUAGCGAUAGCCGGGUACUUGAGCAGCUUCCUGGGCGCCCUCCAAGUGCCCGUCUUCCUGCUGGUGAUGGCCUACGUGACGGCCUCCACGGCAUACCAUCUGAAGGGCAGCGAGGGAUCUGGCUCCUAUCUGCACCGUCUGAAGAUGUUGUUCGACAAGAACGACUUUGAGCGAUCGCUGAGCAACUUCAGUCUCUGUGGCAAAACGAGCAGCGAUCGGCCGGUCUCCGCGGACGUGUUGCAGUCGGAUGUGGAGGAUAUAUCACUCAGCGACACAGUUGACUCCACGGAUACCUUCCACGUGAAGCCCACUGAAACGUCUGAGGGCCAUCAGAGCGGUACGAUGUUGAAGCUGCUCCUCUACGCCUGCCUGGCCAAUGUGCUGUACCGAAACAUUUGGAUGGUCAUCUUAGCAGCUGUUCCGGUGCUGCUGCACCUGAUAUACAAGUUCGGAGCAUACACGGGCAUCACCGACUUUGUCUGUGGCAAGAUCAACGAAUUGUACUUGGGAUUGCGGGCCUGGUCCAUUGAACAUCAUUCAGCUGUACUGCCGCUAUGCCUGCCGGGGGUUCUGGAACUCAACUACAGGAUCCACACGAUUGUGCGAGAUUCGUUGAAGUCUUCUGUCGAGUCAGUCACCUCCAUACUCAUGAUCAUUGCCAUGCUCUUCUGCAUUAUCAUACUGAGUGUGUUCUUUUGCGUCAACAUUUAUUCGGAGACCAUCGAGGUGGCCUACCUGACAAAAGAUCUAAUUAACAAGACGAUCACAGACCGUCCUGAGCUAAUUGAUAUUUUGCCGGCCAAUAUGCAGGCGUCCAUCGAUGAUGCGCUAGACAAUGCGCACCAUUAUGGUCGCCGUAAGAUCGAGACCUACAUUGACGAUUGGCUGGCGGAUGCCGAUAAGGUGCACGCCACCAAGCUCAAGGAGCAGAUACUCGACGUGUGGGACAGACUCAUCCAGUAUUGGGUGGACUUCAACAAUAAGGGCUCGUCGUACGGCCCGCGAGUGCCCACGGAUGCGCUGAAGAGUACUUUUGGCGAGAUUGUUGAUAAUCCAGGACAUUUUAAAGAGCUAGUUUUAGUGGCGAAACAGGGCAUCAUCGGCUGGGCGCAGAGCAACACGCAAACGAUCCUGGAGGUGGCCGAGUCCCUGUGGCACAUCAUUCGCACGAAUCUAUCGAUGAUUAUGGGUGUGACUGGCGAGAUUCUGUCGCUGGUGCUGUCUGGAGGCCAAGCCUGCAUCGAGUUUAUUCUCGAUAUGAUUGUAUUCUUCACCGCUUUGUUCUACUUGCUGUCGAGCAGCAAGGACAAGUAUGCGCCACUUCAGAUAACAAAAUACCUUGGCUACUCCACCUCUGGCACUAAGAUCGUCGAUGGCAUGGAGAACUCCAUCACUGUCGUUCUACUCUCAAUGUUCAAGUGUUCCAUAUUCACGGGUCUGUUCACGUGGCUGGUCCACACGGUGUUUGGGGCGAGAAUUGUGUUUUUGCCCUCUGCGUUGGCAGCCAUUCUGGCAGCGGCCCCAUUCCUGGGCAGCUACUGGUGUGCCGUGCCCGCGUUCCUGGAACUUUGGCUGGCUCAGGACCGCUUCUAUGCGGGCUUAAUAUUGUUCCUGCUGCAGUUCUUUGUGCCCUCCACAUUCGAGACGGCCAUCUAUGCCGAUCUAAAGGGCGGUGGACACCCGUAUCUCAAUGGUCUGGCCAUAGCAGGCGGCAUGUACUGGAUCGGCUGGCAGGGGGCCAUCUUGGGCCCCCUCAUGUUGUGCUUCUUCAUUGGCAUCUUUGAGGUGGCCGCCCUGGCCAUGCGCUCGAAUCAGGAUGCACCCAGGAUAUAAGCGCAGCUCAGAGGAGGAAACGAAGACCACGUGAGUUGGCAUGGGACAGCAACUACGAACUACGACGAAUUUCAUUUUAAUACUCGAACUGCAACAACUAACAAAAGCGCUGUGGCCAAAGGCUUGACAAUCAAAUUGAGAUUGGCCCAAUAUGAUAUAUCCAUCAUACCAUACCCCUCAGGAUGUGCACAGUUUUAUUCCUCUGCUUUUUCAAUUAUUUCCUUAAUUUUCGUUACGUAUUCGUACUUCGUAAUUAAAAGUAUUUGAUUCCGUCUGAACAGCCCCCUUACCAUUUAAGCACCUAACUUAUUAAUGUUACAUACAAAUGUGUACCUCGAAUCGAAUUCUUUCUGUAUAUAUAGUAAGAAGCGCCUUGUAACUAUUUCCUUAGCUGUUUAUGUAUCGAUUUUUUGCUCGCUACUAAUUGCUUGCUGUGAGUCGUGUGAUUUGUUUAAGCUUAAAACAAAAAAAUUUGUUGCAAAAAUAAACUCCAAUGUGUACUAACAAU